UGUUAAUUGUUUUUGUUGUCAGUUUGAAGACUCUGAUACAAAUGAGUGAUUAUAGCAGGUUAAAGGAUGAGAAUAAAUAUGUGAAAGUAAUAAAAUAACUAGUCCACGGAGGCUGCCGUUUCCACCAUCUGGACAUCUAUUUCUGUCCAGCUGGAUGUUUACAUUAAUAGUCCUCAGAGUAAUCUAUUACACAUAUGGAUUCCUCCAGUUUGAACCGUUUAAUUUAAUUCCAGGAUUGCAGAAUAUAUUGUGAAUUUGUAAACCUGCAGCUUUGCCCCUGAUAAUCAUCACUUUAAUGCUUUAAAAAAUGAGUAUUUAUUCUGGUUCAGGUACCUGCAGAGCAUCUGGGUCAGACGACAAACAUCCGACCUGCUGGUGACACCUGCGACCUUUUGGAGCUCGGUUACAUUUUCCAAAACAUUUUGGCUCAAGUUCCUCAUGUGCUGUGUGCUGUGUUAAAGUGAAACCACCGACAAAAUCCCAAACUAUCUUCACACUUUGAUCUGAAGCUACCAGUUCAGUCCGCUGAAACAAUUCCUUCUGUCCUAAAGAAGACCAAACCAAAGCGUUUGUGCCAUUUACUGUGAAAUCAAACGAUGGCCCCCAAGAAGAAGGCCUCCCGCCCCAAGAAGGCUGCCGUGGAAACCAUCACUCAGGUCGCCACGGAGACCGCCACCGCCCCACUGAAGGUGGAGAGCCGCGGCGACGGCGUGGUGGUGGUGGAGAGUGGCGUGAAGAAGAUCGAGCAGAUGGCGGCGCUGGACAUCGCCCAGCUGAACAGCCUCAACCUGCCGCUGCCGCCGCCCGUCAUCAAGCCCGGGGAGAGGGGCCUCGGCCUGGGCAGCGAGCUCACCAGACCCCUGCACGGAAACUCACUGCUGGAGGAGCUCAGCAAGAUGCGUCAGGAGAAGUUCCUGACUGACCUGGAGUUGGCCUGUAAGACGAAGGCCUUCGACGUCCACAAACUGGUCAUUUCCUCAGUCAGCCAGUACUUCAGAGAGAUUCUGGCCAAAGAUCCCGGCAUGAAGCGCCUGGAGCUCCCCUCCCUCUCGCCUCUGGGUCUGGCCAACGUCAUCACUUUCGCCUACCUGGGUCGUGUUCACAUGUCCCUCUACACCAUCGGCUGCACCGUCUCCGCCGCCGCCACCCUGCAGAUCCCUCAGCUGCUCAAGAUGUGCAUGGACUUCCUGCUGGCUGAGCUCAACGUGCAGACGUGCGUCUACAUCUGGAACAUCGCCGCUGCCUACGGCCUGCUGCCGGUGUGCGACGCCGCCCGCCGCUUCGUCCUGGAGAACUUCGUGCAGUUCGCCGAGACGCCGCUGUUCACCCAGCUGACCCUGGAGCAGAUCUCAGCCUUCCUGCAGGACGACUCGCUGGUGCUGCCUUCAGAGGUCGCUGCCUUCCAGCUCGCCAUGAAGUGGCUCGACUUCGACGCCACCCGCCAGGUUCAUGCCGCAGAGCUUUUGUCCCACAUUCGCUUCGAGACCAUCCCUGCCAGCGAGCUGGUGAGUCAGAUCCAGCCGGUGCCCCGCAUGAUGAUGGACCCUCAGUGCCACCGGCUGCUGGUGGACGCCAUGAACUACCACCUGCUGCCCUACCAGCAGAACACCCUGCAGUCCCGGCGUACGCAGGUCCGAGCCUCCCAGCAGACUCUGCUCACCAUCGGAGGCCGUCCAUCGCUCACCGAGAGAGCUCUGAGCCGUGAGGUGCUGUGGAGGGACCCUCGUGACGGAGGAGCCAGCUGGCGCCACCUGACCCAGCUGCCUGCCAAGAGCUUCAAUCAGUGCGUGGCUGUGAUGGACGGAUUCCUGUAUGUGGCCGGAGGAGAGGACCAGAACGAUGCCAGGAACCAGGCCAAACACGCCGUCAGCACCCUGAGCAGGUAUGACCCUCGCUUCAACACCUGGCUGCACCUGGCCAGCAUGCGUCAGCGCCGCACCCACUUCUCGUUGGCUGCCAGCGGCGGUCGCCUGUUCGCCAUCGGAGGCCGUAACGUGGAGGGUCUGCUGGCCACCACCGAGAGCUACCUGCCCUCCUCCAACACCUGGCAGAUGCGUACGCCCAUGGAGGUGCCCCGCUGCUGCCACUCCAGCGCCACCCUGCCCUCCGGUGACAUCCUGGUGACUGGUGGCUACAUCAACUGCGCCUACUCUCGCUCUGUGUCCUGCUACAACGUGGACACCGACACCUGGACCGAGAAGGCCCCCAUGGAGACCCCUCGCGGCUGGCACUGCUCCGCCACCCUCGGAGGGAAGGUUUACGUGGUGGGAGGAAGCCAGCUAGGGCCCAGUGGAGAGAGAGUGGAUGUGCUCUCAGUGGAGACCUUCUCCCCGGAGAGUGGAUCAUGGAGCCGGGCCGCUCCGCUGCGCCUUGGCGUGAGCACCGCUGGUCUGUCACCGCUUGCCGACAAGCUGUACCUGCUGGGAGGCUGGAACGAGGCCGAGAAGCGCUACAAGGCGGCUGUGCAGAAGUACGACCCGGCCACCGACAGCUGGUCCAUGGCCGAAGAUCUGCCUGAACCCACGGUGGGAGUGUCGUGCUGCGCCCUAACCCUGCCGCCGCGCCACGCACCACGCCGGCAGCACCGCAACACCCCGGGCCACGAAGACCAUCAGCAGGCCGGGAAGAACCGGAGCAGAGAGAGCAGCGUGACUCCAUCACAAAUCAUCACUGCAUAGAAAGAGGAGGGACGGUUCAACCUCAGGACAACAUCUGGAUCAUGUCUGACAUCUUUUCUGUUUAGCACGUGUGGAAAAGUUUCAUUAUUUAACACCAAACAAGAGUUUUUUCAAGAACUUCCGUCACACAUACUUUGUAUAAACAGUAUAAAGGUGCAAGACAAAGAAAAUCAAAGAGCAGCACUUCUAAGAUAACCACAAUAAAUGAGUUUUUACCAAAUAAGAUGAUAUUUUAGAGGCUGAAAAUGACUGAUAACAAAGAUAACAGUCCAUUUAAAGCCAGACAAUGGAACUUCUGGCAACCAGACAACUACAGGUAAAUGAUAAAACGUAAGAGGAGUCACAAACUGACACACGUGUGCCCUUUGCAUUGCAAAAAUAAGGGUUAGUAUCAUGAAUAACCAGAAUCUAAACCAAAGGAGGUUAUCAGAGCGAAACAUUUGAGUUUCCUGAAGUGAAAAGGAGCGUUUUUAUGUCAAAUUAAUUCAGAAAUUUGUUACGUCUUAUUCCAGAAGUUGCAGUUUAAUUCCAAAUAUUGACACUAUUUCGAACAAGCUUUGCUCCUAAACUUGUCCGAUUUGAUGGUUUCCAGCAAAAUUAAAAUCAAAGGUUAAUUUAAGUUGCAACCAGCUGCAGAUGUGCAAAUGCUGCAUGUAUCUGUGUUGGUGUUACAAGAGAGAAAAGAGCCUGCAUGGUCCAAAGUGGAGGUUUAAGGAUGAGUUGAAUCAGAUGAGAAGAAAGGUGGAUAAAAAAGCAGAGUCGAGCAGGUGGAUGAUGGAGGAUGGAAAGAAGGGAACAGGAGUGUAAUCUGUGCUGGAGGUGAUUUGGUUUGAACAGACGUCACUGUGAAUCCGCUGGCAGUUUGUGUACAAAGAUGUAUCUAAACAGAGUGUGUGGCUGUAAAAAAAAAAUGAGCGCGCAUGUGUGUGUGUGUGUGUGUGUGCACGAGUGAAUGACGCCAUGAUGGAGUGUGUGGCCGCGACAGGAAAAUGAGCCAAUAUCUGACAAAAACCAAACAAACCCAGCAAUAAUGGCAAUUUAUCACCAGCAAACUUGAAAUACUUCUCACAAGGCCAUAAGCAGGCCAGCAAUAAACAAAUCUGUGUUUAUUGGAUUAUUUAUUUAUGGGAUAUCUGAAGUAGUGUAGCGCAAAUGUGAAGAAAAUAAAGAAAAAAAAAUAGUGAUUAAAAACAAAUAUUUUAUAAGGGAAAUGGCAAGGGAGGAACAAAUAAAUGAAUAAAAAUAAAAGCACCUUGGCUUCAGCGUGUGACAACCAGUUACCCAAGAAAUUAAGAGAAUAAAAUAAAAGAAUAAAAAUCUGAAAAAAAUCUAGUAAAACAUCCAACAAAUAAAGUUAAAAAAAAAAAAUAUAAGAUUAGGUUACAGCUCACCUGUCCAUCCGAAAACGUCCCAUUUUUACUGAAAUUAUGACAACCGGCAGAACCAGAGAGACUGUGGAGAGUUAAUUAUAAAUAUAAUUAGAUACAAAAAGGAUGAAUUUCUGUAUUUGUGCCGGCUCUGGAUGAGCCGCUGGUUUCUGUUUCACUGAAUAAAGAUAAUCUGAUCCAAA